UUCAAUCCGCUAAAUAGAAGAAAACAGGGUUGCCAAAAUCCCCACCGCCCUCGAGGCACUUCGAACCAUAGAUAACAUAUAUUUCCGUUUUUCUUUUAACAGCAUCUUAUUCUAUGAGUCCUUUAAAUUUUGUUCGAAAAAAACGUUUAAAUCCUUUUUACAGUCAAAAUGGUUACCGUACGCUGCGAGAUUUGCUGUUUUCGCUUACGAAUGAAAAGGAGUUUAAUUUUUCAUUAUAUUACUCAGCAUUCAAAGAUCCAAUUAGCGAGACAACUAAUUAAAGUUUGCGCGUCGCCGGUAUUUCGCAAACGGUCGAAAUUUAGGCGAGGCAGCAGGCCAUGUUUACCGAAAUUAAAAAAUCAGAUUUGUUCGAACGAAAUCGUAACUAGGGACGACAAAAGCAGCGUCGACUUGGAUUUCUCGUUUGACGAGACUUCUUGGGAGUCGAAGGAGAAUCAAUCUGUGCCCAACUGUCUCAAAAACGUUUCAACAAGACUUGAUGUAGAAGAUAAAGCGAAUGUAAAUAUGAAACCUGUAUCUACCUCACCGUCUGCAUCUUCGGAGAGCAGCGGCAUGAAAGCAGUACCUAACAAAAGGAAAAUAAAAAAGAAGAAGCCUGUAAAAUGUAGGGGCAAACACUACCAAAUUAUCACCAAGCGGAAGGAAAGAUUGGAUGAGAAAAAUGGCAAAUUUUACAUUUGCAAUGGGCGAGAUAUCAAUAUUGUAGCGUCAGACACUGAAUCUGCUUCUGAAACCGGACAGGUGUUUUUUAUCGCUCCUUGCUUGGACGCGGUAGUUUUUUGCAACAAAUGCGGAAACGGUUACAACUCCAAAUCUGCUCUCGACAAACAUAUGAAAAUCCACGAGACGCAGUGCCGGGUGUGCAACGAAUUCUUCCCUAACGAACAGUCUUUUAAAGAGCACAUCCAGAAUCACAUUUUCAAAGCGUACGUGUGCCACGCGUGCAAUUUUGAGUUUCCCACGAGAGAAAUGCUCCGGAAGCACUUUGAGUGCCACGUCGAGGAGUCGCUGCUGGAAACGGUGCUGGAUAUGGAAGAGGAGUACGUCAUAAGCCGAACAAGGCUCAUCGAUCCAAGUUACAGGGUCAGCAUCGACAACAUUAUGCGUUUUUUGAAGGAUUUAUAAA